CUCUUGAUUUAGUAUUCAGUAUUUCCGCUAUGACUUUAGUAUUAUAUGCAAUCGUAAUAGCAUUAUGCGCACAGAAAGUAGGACUAAACACGCUUUACGAAUUAAUUGACAACUCUUCACAAGCCAUUAUCGACUGCCCUGCCAUAGUAUUAUUUACAUUCAUAGUAGCUUUACUUGAGGUAAUAGCAAUAUUAGUCGCAGCAAAUGCUUUAAGAUUCAUUUUAUCGUCGAAUGAUAGCACGUUCUGGAUCGUCACUUUUAGUUUAAUUAUUGUUAUUGGAGGAAUUGUAAUAAUGGCAUUUAUAAUCCUUUUCUCCAUGGCUGUUAUUGCGGAAUAUACUGUUUAUUGGUAUUGGACCACGGACAAGCGCAUAAUAUCGUCUGCUUCAGCCGUACAAAGUUACAUAAUGGUUUCAAGGAAUCACUUAGAUACGAUAGCUUUGCAAUCAACUUUGAUCGUCCCAGUGAUUUAUGCAGUAAUAAAAGCAAUAAAAUAUAAAAAAAAGUCAGAAUAUUCGAGAUAUAGAUAUGAUAUGGUUUUGGAAUUAAUAGUCAGAGCUAUACUAGUACCUACUAUAGUACAUACUUCUUUGGUUCACGCAUCAAUAUUCCGAAGUAAUUUAUUCAAAGCAGUGAAACAAACCUUCAAAAUCGUUUUAGCUAACGCUGCAUUAUAUUUAGUUACAAUUGAGGUUUUCAACACGUUAGCAUUUAUGGGAUUUUUAGGAAGCACAUCUAUGAUGAUCGUUUUUGGCUAUGGAAUCAUCAAAUUAGAGCAUAUGGAGGUUCAUGAUAUGGCUAUGUCAUUCAUUUGGGGAUUUGAGUUUCCUGUUAUAGUCUACUGUAUUUUGAUAAUUGGCAUUGGCCGAGCAAUGUCGAUGAAUGAAAUGAUUAUUUUAAAUGCAAAGAAAAAUCCGAAAUCCGCCAUUUAAUAUAAUGCUGUAUUCAAGUUGAAUGUUACUUGUAAAUUUUUUAUUCAAUGUGCUUUUAUGUUGUGGAAUGUAUUUUUUUUAAUUAACCAAUCCAAUCGUAUUAAGAUUCUUAUUAGUACUCAAGUUAUGAGUGUAAAGUUUAUGAAAAAAAAAAUUGAAUCAAUAAAGAAACGUUACUUUUU